GGUCUUCCUUCCGGGUCGCGCUGGGCCGGGCUGGCGGCGGCAGCAGCAGCGCGGGAUCCUGGGAGCGGCCUCCGGCUGCCCACGCCGCCGGCUUGGGGCGAAGCCCUGCGCGCGCCCGUCCCGGACCCUGCAGGAGCAUGACUGACUGCUCCAGCUUCUAGUGGCUCCUGCCAUCCUGCUUCUCUCUGCUUCAUCCACUUCAUCUCACUUCAGGUCUCACUAGAAAACAUGCUGUCCCAUUUCAGCAUCUGUACCUGAAAGCAGCAUGUGUGUUCUGGAUCUGUGGAUGGGUGCCAGCUCCUGCACUUCCUGUGUGUGUUCUGUGACCAUUCCAGCCGGGGUGAGUGAUGCCUGAGAGUAGCUUGCAGCCAAUGAGAUGCCUGGCCUCCGAGAACUGCCUUAACAAGUAACACUGGUAGAAAUGAGAACUGUCUGCUGGUCUUUGACCAUCCUUCAGAGUUCAUGCAUCUCACUGAGGACACCUGACCUUUUGAAGCUUUAUAAUUCACGACUAGAUGUCACCAGUCUUUCCCAUGUUAACAGUUCUGACCAUGUUUUAUUAUAUGUGCCUUCGGCGCCGAGCCAGGACAGCUACAAGAGGAGACAUGAUGAACAGCCAUAGGACUCUAGUAUCCAACAGCCGGACUUCCCCUCUCAAUGCAGAGGUAGUCCAGUACGCCAAAGAAGUGGUGGAUUUCAGUUCCCAUUAUGGCAGUGAGAAUAGCAUGUCCUACACCAUGGGGAAUUUGGCAGGUGUACCUAAUGUCUUCCCAAGUUCUGGUGACUUUACUCAGACAGCUGUGUUUCGAACUUACGGAACCUGGUGGGACCAGUGUCCUAGUGCUUCCUUGCCAUUCAGAAGAACACCAUCCAAUUUUCAGAGCCAGGAUUAUGUGGAACUUACUUUUGAGCAUCAAGUAUAUCCUACAGCUGUUCAUGUGCUGGAGACCUACCAUCCUGGAGCAGUCAUCAGAAUUCUGGCUUGUUCAGCAAAUCCCUACUCCCCAAACCCCCCAGCCGAAGUAAGAUGGGAGAUUCUUUGGUCAGAGAGACCUACGAAGGUGAAUGCUUCCCAGGCUCGCCAGUUUAAACCCUGUAUUAAGCAGAUAAAUUUCCCCACAAAUCUUAUACGACUGGAAGUAAAUAGUUCUCUUCUGGAUUAUUACACCGAAUUAGAUGCAGUUGUGCUACAUGGUACGAAGGACAAGCCACUGCUCUCUCUCAAGACUUCCCUUGUUGACAUGAAUGAUCUAGAAGAUGAUGACUAUGAAGAAAAGGAUGGCUGUGGAAUGGAUGGUCUUAACAAAAAGUUUAGCAGUGCUGCCCUUGGGGAUGGGCCAAAUAAUGGGUAUUUCGAUAAACUGCCAUAUGAGCUCAUUCAACUGAUUCUGAACCAUCUUUCACUACCAGACCUGUGUAGAUUAGCACAGACUUGCAGACUUCUCCACCAGCAUUGCUGCGAUCCUCUGCAGUAUAUCCACCUCAAUCUGCAGCCAUACUGGGCGAAGCUAGACGAUACUUCACUGGAGUUCCUACAGGCUCGAUGUGCUCUCGUCCAGUGGCUUAAUCUGUCUUGGACUGGCAACAGGGGUUUCAUCUCCGUGUCAGGAUUUAGCAGGUUUCUAAAGGUGUGUGGAUCUGAAUUAGUACGCCUUGAGUUAUCUUGCAGCCAUUUCCUUAAUGAAACUUGUUUGGAGGUUAUUUCCGAAAUGUGCCCAAAUCUACAAGACUUAAAUCUCUCGUCCUGUGACAAACUGCCACCUCAGGCUUUCGGUCACAUUGCCAAGUUAUGCAGCCUUAAGCGGCUCAUUCUCUAUCGGACGAAAAUAGAGCAAACAGCACUGCUGAGCAUUUUGAACUUCUGUGCAGAGCUUCAGCACCUCAGCUUGGGCAGCUGUGUGAUGAUUGAAGAUUAUGAUGUGAUAGCCAGCAUGAUAGGAGCCAAGUGUAAAAACCUCCGGACCCUGGAUCUGUGGAGAUGCAAGAAUAUUACAGAAAACGGGAUAGCAGAGUUGGCUUCUGGGUGUGUGCUUCUUGAGGAACUGGACCUCGGCUGGUGCCCCACCCUUCAGAGCAGCACCGGGUGCUUCGCCAGACUGGCACGCCAGCUCCCAAACUUGCAGAAACUCUUUCUUACAGCUAACAGGUCUGUGUGUGACACAGACAUAGAAGAACUGGCAUCUAAUUGUACCAGACUACAGCAACUGGACAUAUUAGGAACAAGAAUGGUGAGCCCAGCAUCCUUGAGAAAGCUCCUGGAAUCUUGCAAAGAUCUCUCCCUCCUUGACGUGUCCUUCUGUUCCCAGAUUGAUAACAGGGCUGUGUUAGAACUCAAUGCCAGCUUUCCAAAAGUAUUCAUAAAAAAGAGCUUUACUCAGUGACUUAACACCUGUUCUAUCAUUAAGAUCAACAUGCUUUGCUGGGGUUUGAUUUGGGAGAUGGCUUUGGUUUUGUUUUGCUUAAUUUUUAUAAUAUUGAGAAUUAAAACAUUUGUAGAAUUUAAUGGAAACGUACAAUUACCCAUUAAAUCAAGUGGGAAAAAAAAAAGGAUGUUCUUUAAAAUAUUGCAGGCACUUUUCUUUAGGAAUGUGUGAAUUGCUGAUGUUAUUUCCCAUUAUGUCGGUCAGUGAUAUGCUUUAAUCAAUAAUUGUAUGUUAAAGGAAUAAUAUGGAAAUGCUCUAAUUUAUUUUAAAGGAAUACUUUGGACAAUA